CAGCUUCCGGGGUCCUGGGCGUCAUCCACGCAGACGCACGUGCGCUGUUCCACCAUGGCGGACCUACAGAUGAAACUGCUCCGUAAGAAAAUCCAAAAACGGGCCGAGAAGAACAAAGAGCGCAAACUGAAGAGUAUCCAGGCAGAGAUCCAGGAGGAGACCGAGGGACUGAAAAGAGGCUCCGACCGGCUGGAGGAGGAGCUGUGCGCGGAGGAAGAGGGCUCCAGUGUGGGACUGAAGAAUGUCGAAGGGCCGGAGGAACAUGCUGUGAAGGAAAAGAAUCAGAAGAAAAAGAAGAAAAGAAACCUCGUUGUUACCGAAGGACCUCCAGCUGAGAAGAAAAGCAAGACCGUGGAAGAUGAAGAGGACAAGACCACAAGAGGACACCAGAAAGAGGGCCAAAGUGAGGAUGAAGAGGAGAAACCUUCAGAGGAAGAGGGGGCGGAGGAUGAAGAGCAGCCUGAACUGCCUUCAGGUUUAACAGGAGCGUUCGAGGACACGGCGUUCGAGUCUCUGGCGGAUCUGGUGAGCGAGGGCACACUGAAGGGAGUGAAAGAGAUGGGCUUCCAGCACAUGACUGAGAUCCAACACAAAACCGUCCGGCCUCUGCUGGAAGGAAGGGAUGUUCUGGCCGCCGCCAAGACAGGCAGCGGGAAAACCUUGGCUUUCCUCAUCCCCUCCAUUGAGCUCAUUUACAAGUUGAAGUUCAUGCCCAGAAACGGCACUGGUGUCAUCAUCCUCUCUCCGACGCGCGAGCUGGCCAUGCAGACGUACGGCGUCCUGAAGGAGCUGAUGACCCACCACGUCCACACCUACGGGCUCAUAAUGGGGGGCAGCAACCGCUCAGCCGAGGCCCAAAGACUGGCCAACGGUGUUAACAUUCUCGUGGCCACGCCCGGCCGCCUGUUGGACCACCUGCAGAAUACUCCUGGCUUCAUGUUCAAGAACCUGCAGUGUCUGAUAAUCGACGAGGCCGAUCGGAUCCUGGAAGUGGGCUUCGAAGAGGAACUCAAGCAGAUCAUCAAACUACUGCCGAAGAGGAGACAGACCAUGCUGUUCUCCGCCACCCAGACCCGACGUGUGGAGGACUUGGCUCGCAUCUCCUUGAAGAAGGAGCCUCUGUACGUCGGCGUGGAUGACAACAAGGACAACGCCACGGUGGACGGUCUGGAGCAGGGCUACGUGGUGUGUCCGUCGGAGAAACGCUUCCUGCUGCUCUUCACCUUCCUGAAAAAGAACCGCAAGAAGAAGCUGAUGGUCUUCUUCUCGUCCUGCAUGUCCGUCAAAUUCCACUACGAGCUGCUCAACUACAUCGACCUUCCCGUCAUGGCCAUCCAUGGAAAGCAGAAGCAGACCAAACGCACCACCACCUUCUUCCAGUUCUGCAACGCAGACUCUGGCAUCCUGCUGUGCACAGACGUGGCGGCCCGCGGGCUGGACAUCCCAGAAGUGGACUGGAUCAUCCAGUAUGACCCCCCAGACGACCCCAAGGAGUACAUCCACAGGGUGGGCCGGACUGCCAGAGGUAUCGACGGCAGAGGCCACGCCCUCCUGAUCCUGCGGCCAGAGGAACUGGGCUUCCUGCGCUUCCUCAAACAAGCCAAGGUUCCUCUGAGCGAGUUUGAAUUCUCCUGGAGUAAGAUCUCUGAUAUCCAGUCUCAGCUGGAGAAACUUAUAGAGAAGAACUACUAUCUGCACAAGUCGGCCCAGGAGGCCUACAAGUCCUACGUGAGGGCGUACGACUCUCACUCCCUCAAGCAGAUCUACAGCGUCAACACCCUCAACCUCCCCAUGGUGGCGCUGUCCUUCGGCUUCAAGGUUCCUCCCUACGUGGAUCUGAACGUCCACAGCAGCAAAGGCGCAAAGCUUCAGAAGAGAGGCGGCGGCGGCGGCUUUGGCUACCAAAAGACCAAGAACGUGCAGAAAUCCAAGAUCUUUAAACACGUCAACAAAGGAAGGAGCGAUAAAAGACAGUUCUCCCGCUGAUCCUUCAUGUCAUACGACCACGUUAUUUCUGCUCUGAAGGCUUUUCUCCUCGUUUUCCACAUUUCUUCUGUAACUUUUGACGACUGCUUCCAUGUUUGUCCUGCUCAGCUCAACACAAUAAAGGUUCCUCUGAAAUGCAGCCUUUCAGUGAGAGAAA